CAUCCAGCUGUUAUCCAAGCCGCGGGAGCUCUGGCUAGCUUAGCAGUCUGUGUUGCACUGGCACAGUAAUGAAACGGCUUUGAGGGUCGGGAAUAAACCGGUGUGUUAUCAUGCUGUAUCCGGAGUAGUGACUGUAUCCACUGAUACACAGGGAAUAUAACUCUCCUCGACUUUCCUCCGGUCCGAGUGUUGAAACAAGGUGUGAAUGAGUGACGUGGUGCCUCCCACAGCUCUCAGUGAAGUCCAGCUCCGCUUCCUCUGCCACGAUGACAUAGAGAAUGUCAAACUGCUCUGUGGUGAUUGGUUCCCAAUCGAGUACCCAGACUCAUGGUAUCAGGACAUCACCUCCAACAAGAAGUUCUUCUCCCUCGCUGCCACCUUCAGAGGAGGCAUCGUGGGAAUGAUUGUGGCUGAGAUCAAAGGCCGGACCAAAGUACACAAAGAGGAUGGAGACAUCCUGGCCUCCAGUUUCCCUGUGGACACACAGGUAGCCUACAUCCUCAGCCUGGGAGUGGUCAAAGAGUUCAGGAAACAUGGCAUAGGCUCCCUACUGCUGGACAGUUUGAAGGAGCACAUCUCAACGACAGCCCAGGACCACUGUAAGGCAAUCUACCUGCACGUCCUCACCACCAACAACACUGCCAUUCACUUCUAUGAGAACAGGGACUUCAGGCAGCACCACUACCUGCCCUACUACUACUCCAUACGAGGAGUCCUCAAAGAUGGAUUCACAUAUGUGCUCUACAUCAAUGGAGGUCAUCCACCCUGGACAAUAUUUGACUACAUCCAGCACAUUGGUUCGACCCUGGCCAGCCUGAGCCCCUGCUCCAUCCCACAGAGGUUGUACCGACAGGCCCAGUCCCUGCUGCGCUCUCUGCUGCCCUGGUCCAACAUCGCUUCCAAGACUGGUAUACAGUACAGCAGAACAAUGUGACACAACACGGAGCGCAGGUGUUCCGUCUUUUCAUCGGUCUUCCCCUGUACACACCAAGAUGUACACACACACACGCACUCACAUUCUCGAUCACGUAUGGCUUUCCACACCCUGUGUAUAACGCAGGACUCAGGUUCGACCUGUAUUUGACCGUUCACAUAGCAGAAUAUUACUCCAGAUUCAGUACACAUUCGGCACUGUUCACACGAGAUCCGGGUUUGAAGCUGUAGCUCUGUACCCCACUGCUAAACAGGGUUAUUGCACUGCAACAUCAUUAAAAGUGCAAUGAUAUAUUUACACUGACAGACAGUGUGAUCUGGUAAAACCAUAGGAUUUCUUUUCAGUGGUUCAGUUAGUGUAAUAUCCCGUAUAUAUAUAGUCCUCUAUCCCAUAGUUACUGUAGUGACCUGUGUUUGGCCGGUCAUACCAAAGCUGAGCAGUGUACGAGCCGCUUUCAACCCAGGUCAUUGUUCUGUUGUGAAAGGGGUUUAACACACACACACACACACACACUGGGAACCCUACAGAGACUAAAGGUUCAAACCCUGUCCAUCUUUCUGUCUCCCCACAUCCUUUUCACUACUGUCACAGAGACUAUGUAUACUGUUUGUAUAUUAUAUAUACUAAGCUAAUAUAUAAAUUUCUUUCAAUAUGUAUGUCUGUUCUAUGCUGUCAGUAGGCCUAGUUGGAAGGUAACCCAUCCAUUUCCCUAUUUGAAAAAAGGCUGAAUCCAGAGUCAAUUCCAGUUUGUAAAAUAGACACAUUUAAAUUGGACUGUGAAUUUAGCUGUGUUGGUAGGCUAGUAGGGUAGAGAGCUAAUUUUACACAGGAAGCUUUGAGAUACAAUGUAGAUGGGUAAUACAGUAUAUUCACUAGCAGCUGGAGUUGUCGAAAAGGAAUCUUCUGCAAAUCCAUGAAAUUACCUGAUUUUCUGUGUGCAAUAAUUGGACUGGACACUGUACUGCUGUCAUCUGUACAGAAACAUAUGAACAUGUUAUGCUACUCAUUCAGUACCUACUGCAACACAAACAUUUUAUAGUCACCUCACCAGUUAUGCAGUACAGUUAAGUCUGAGCAGAACGGCCUCUCUACAUCAUUUCAAAAUGUUGCCCAUGUAUAAUUCAUACAAGAGUAAGGGAGAGUUUCUCGAGUCCUUAUUUUAUAGGUUUUAAAUGGUGACUGGCUGCAGCCCUGUCUUUCUGCUCUUUGGCUGUACAAUUGCUGCUAAUGUCGAGCAAAGUCCAUUUGUUUGUCCAGAUUUUAAAAAUAUGGCCCAGAUUAGAUUUUUAUGUCAGCCUGUAGAGGAGAUAAGAAGAAACACAACCCAAAACCCAAACGUCAUACAUCUUGUGUGCCUGAGUGCAUGCAGGUGUGUAUGUCUGUAUGUGAGUAUAUAUGUACAUAUAAGCACAUAUAUAUGCAUACAGGGUCUGAAAUUAGCACCUUGUAAGUGCCAAAUGUUGGUGAGAUCUGUCUGUGGAAGACAAAAGUAGUAAAGUUCAUCCAACAUGUUGACUGGUAGCUUUGUGAAUUGUACUCUCUCUUAAUUUUAUUGCGUUCUGUUGCACUUCAUAACGAAUUAGAAACCUGAUCCGAUGUUUCAGUCAGUGAGCAAAUCUUAGAUUUUAUACAUGACACAGCACUGAAAAAAAAAGCUGAAAAAAGGCGACUGUGAAAAAUGUGCAUUCAUUUUUUUAGAAAGUGUCUCAGUUUUCCAGCCCUGGACGGGUGACUGAAUUUCAGACAUUGUGUAUGCAAUAAAUUUGUUUGAUUUGAUUGAUUGUAAAGACUGAGUCAGUCUGACUGCCCCUGCUGUAUCACUAUUUUACAUUGUUCUAAUAUUUUCAUUGUGGUUAUCAUAUUACAUUGAUAUAAACCUGAGCCUGGUUUUCAUUCACAGUAUGUCAUGGUUUCAGUUGUUUGUCUUAGUGGCGCUCCAGUGAUUUAGUAAUGCACUUAUAAAAAUGUGGUGGGACUUGAGACAAAUUUUAAAGAAGGAAUGACAGCAGAAACACAGAUAUCCUGAUAUCCAUACCUUGUAUGGGUCAAUCUUCAAAACAGAGGCUGUCCCUUUAAAAAAAAAUCUAGUUUAAAACCUUCACGAGAUAAACCUGGUGACGUUAUCAAGAUUAUGAUCAUAAACCACUGACUGCUGCUGCCAUGAACAAAGGGAAAAAGACAUCACAAGGUCUAAAGUUGUACUCCAGUUUAAAAUAUUGGACAUCAUUAGGUGCAAAGUUACAGCUGAAAUCUAAAGCAUAUUUAAAGUUAAAGUCUCUUUAACUUUAUUUGCAAAGGAUCCAAGAUCAUCAUCAAUGCACAGUCAUCAUGAAGCAGAGCAAAGGUAUCUUCGAGAAACUGUACUGUUUAUGUCACAAGGACUUAAUGGAAAGAAAUGAUCAACUACAUUGAUCCUGAGCUCCACGUUUGACCUAUGAAGAGAAAGGCAGGAGCAGGUGAUGAGAGCAGGUGUUUUUAUCCAGCACACUGUUGUAGCCAUGUUAAAUGUCAUGUUAGGGUGGGACAGAAUGGAUUCUGUCUUCUUCAUUUUGCAGGAAGAAACAACAAGACAAGAAAAACUGGUGAUUGUGUGCAUGAAACAUUUAAAUAAGAUUAUUGUUAUGAGUGGUGUAUAGGUAUUCACUGGAUAGUUUUAUCUUGCAGCUGCUCUUCUGAAGUUUUCCACAGUUUCAUAUACUGUAUAUUAUUUUUGAAUCAUUCUCAGUUUCAGAGUUCUCUUCAUUGCUUUGUAACACAUCACAAUACCAGACCAGUUUUAUAGAUGAUGGAUGCUUUUUGGAAUUCAGCCUAACAUGAUCCUUCUUUGUGGCAGUGUCGUCAUAAUGAAUACGUCACUUCACUUUAAAGUCUUUGUCAUGUGGUGGUUUCUUUUUUCUUUCUUUGUGUGUGUGUGUGUGUCUGAUUUGAACAUUUUGUACUC